AUGAAUUAUUUGCCUCCGGCGACCUCGCUGAUCACAUUCCUAUGGAGUGGAGGAGAAUCCAUUCUGCUGGUUCCCAUGGCUACAAGAGUUAUCGACGUAAAGCUACUGAUUUCAGAAGUGCUUCACAUCCCCGUCCCAAUAGAUAGGCAAGAGCUGUCAUGGGAAGGGCAGUACCUGAAAGAUGAACUGACUCUGCAAGACUAUCACAUUCCCCCUACUGCUUUCCUUGUUAUCUAUAAGAAAAUUGAAGUUGAGAUCUACUUGGAGUUCGAUGGCGUUCGUUAUGUGUACUUAGUCUUCGAUGGUAUUACCGUGGGUGAGUUGAAGGCGAAACUUCAGACAGAACAAGGCGUUGACAUUGAACAUAAGGUACUCUGGAUGGUGGAUAAUAGUUAUCUUGAUGAUCAUGCUCAACUCUUGGUUGCCGGAGUUGUUGAAGGAGCUAAGUUAUUUCUCAUUGAGGAUAGAAAACGUAUGUGA